UCGCCGCGCGGUGCAUCUCGGGAGUUGUAGUCCGUUUUUUGAAGCCCCCUGGUUUACUGGAGAGGAAGGAAAGGAUUAAGGGAGCUUUUUGCAAGUGAUGGAGAAAAAGAGAGGAAGAGGAGGAGAAGGAGAGAAGGAUGCCAAGAAACGGAAGCUCCUUGAUGAACUUGGAGAGAGCCGGCUUCCAUAUUUGACGCCUAAAGAUGAUGGCUUCCAUCAACUGUGGAAGACUAAAUACUCCAAACUCAUUCUCAAAAAUGCUGAGAUGAUCCCCAAAGACAUCCAUAAAGAAGUUCAAGAAGCCUUUUUGACUUUCCGAAAGCAUGCGUGCUUCUUCCAAGAUCUCAUCAGGAUCAAAGGGAAAGAUUUUGUUACCCCGGUAUCUCGCAUAUUAAUUGGAAACCCAGGAUGUACUUACAAAUAUUUGAACACGAGGUUAUUUACGGUCCCUUGGCCUGUGGAAGGUUACGAAAUAAAUUAUACCCAUCCCAAAAUAUCCGAGGCUUGUAAGGCAUUAAUCAAACUUAAUGACUACUUGCAUGGAGAUACUGUCCUGGCUUUACAAGAGCAUAGUUUGACCGAGACAAAAGAAAUGGAAGAUCCUCCUGUCACCGAUAGGCAUCGGGAUUAUGCUACUUCCAUUACAGGGAUGGGGUCCGCUUUGGGAGAUCAAAGGCCUUCUCAUGUCCCAAAGAAUGAUUGUACCGAUCUGAAAGGGAGAACGUCUUACAACCUGACGUUAUUAAAUUAUAUGGAUCCACAACAAAUGCCAUUCUUGAAACAGGAGCCUUAUUACGGAAUGGGGAAAAUGGCUGUGAGCUGGCAUCAUGAUGAAAAUCUGGUGGAAAGGUCAACAGUAGCUGUCUACAGUUAUUGCUGUGAAGAACCUGAUGUUGAUAAUCUUGAGAAAAAAACUUGGAAUGGCAGAGACCCAGCCAUUUGGCACGUUGCCUUGAAAGUUGCUUGGGACAUAAAGACUCCAGGAUUGGCAAUACCUCUUCGCCAAGGAGACUGCUACUUUAUGCUUGAUGAUCUGAAUAUGACUCACCAGCACUGUGUCCUGGCUGGCCAGAAGCCCCGAUUCAGCUCUACCCAUAGGGUGGCAGAGUGCUCACAGGGAACACUGACGUAUAUUAUGGGCCAGUGCAAUGCAGCACUCGAGAACCUACAAACGGAUGCAGACUUGAAAUGCCCAUCUUUGAAAUCGCUGGAUGUCAGAGAUAUAAAGAGAGUAGAAGACACACAUAAUGAGGUUGAAUUUGAAUGGCUCCGGCAAUUUUGGUUUCAGGGUAAACGUUACCGAAAGUGCACUGACUGGUGGGAUGAACCAAUGUCAGCUCUAGAAGGAAAAUGGAAACAGAUGGAAGUGAUGACAAGCCUACUGCUCUGUGAAUUCAGAAAAGAAGAGCAGAUGGACGAACAAAGAAAUGAACAAAUCGGUUGCCUCUUGCCCCUCCUUGUUGAACGUCAAGAGCUGCGCCAGGAAUGGCUCACAAGGUGUUUUGGUCUUCACCUUCCAGAGGUCCCAGCUGCCUUGGCCAAUGAUAUAGGAACUGAAGUCCAAAAUACCUGGCAGACCAGAGUUUGGGAAGCACUGCAAAACACAACCUAUCCCAGGUAGUCGUGUUAAUUGUAACUAUUUACUUUCAAGCUCUAGAUAAGGUGACAUGGCAACCUUACACCUCCCGUGAAGAAAUGCUUCUUUAAAGUCAUACCCUCCCCUCCAUUCCGUAUUAAAAUAACUACAUAAACAAUAAGACAUAAUAUAAGUCUCUAUGCUGAUAUCGAAAGGAUGCCAGCCAUAGCAUCUCCGCUACACUUUGACUUCUCGGACGUUCUUCUCUUCCCCCACUGGGGACGGAUAACCUUAAGACGCCCUUUGCACAUCUGGGGCUGUGUCCUCGCAAGUGUUGUCUUACAUCCCUCGUCUUCAGCUGGGCCGUCGUUUCUGACAGACGUGUAAACAGAUGCAAGCGUUGUUGCUAAUGACAGGUGAUUAUAAGUGGUGUGGGUGCCAAAGUAAUUAAACCGCGCUCUGACAGGAACAUUUGGCGAUGGGGUAUUUCAGCGUUAGAAAAAUUGUAACAACACAUUUCCCCCCUGCUAGGCUGGAAGGCUUGAAUGCCAUGAAUGAUGGCGCUUGUUGAAAUCCCCGUUUCCCCCUCUUUGAUGGAAGCCACACUAAAAAUUAUAAUGUAGGAACCUUCCUUCUAUUGGGGCAGAUCGUUUUAGCCCAUAUAGGGCAAGGAUGGGCAAAGUGGACUCUGGGCUCCGGGCAACCCUUAGGGCCAUUUUUGUGAAUUACAGGAUCUACCAGGCUUCGUAAAAUUGUCCCCAAAUGCCCGCUAGGGAGUGUAGGAGGGCUUUUUGGUGGCAUAUUUUGGGCCAUUUUUAUGGCCAGGGGAGACUGAUGAUGAUGAUGAUGAUGAUUGAUGAUGUUGAUAAUUUAAAACAUGAAGUGACUAGGAAGUGAGAAGUGUUAGUGUUGUCAGAGUGAAAACUGGAGGCAGCUCCUCCUCUUGUAUAGAAGAGAGAGUUUUAGUGACUGUUGCAUGUUACUUGACAAGCAACAACUGCUUUUACACAAAUUUAUUUAUUUAUGGGAUAUUUAUCCUGCUUUUCUCCCCAAAUGGGAUUCAAGGUGGCUUACAAGACUUUAAAAAGAUGAAUACCGAAGUUGAAGGAUCUGUCUUCGGUUUUCAUAUUGACAACUCAACUGACAACCCAACAUCAUCUUGUAAAAAGAGAAAGGCCUCUCCUGAGCCCUUCUGAGCUCACAUUUUUGAUUUUGUUAUUUCACAAUGGUUUACACCACUUGAUUUUGAUAUUGUGACCAGGAACUGUCCAGAACUUUACUGACAGUUGUGGGGUGUUUGGUUUGGUUUUGGUUUUGCUGGCUUUUAAGAGGUUUAAGACAGUUUAUAACCCCACCAGAAUUUACUACAAAGCCUUGGGAGACACAAUUCAGUGUUUUAGAAAUGGACAAAUGUGUACAAAAGUGGGGAAAAUCCCAAUCGAGGGUAUUAUGGAAAACUUUACUACCAAGCCUUGGGAGAUGGCUGGAUUGGAACUCUAAGAGGAUCAAAUUUAGCUUUUAGGGUAUCAACCCUAAAAGAGAC